CGGGGCCGCCGCCGCCGCGGCGCGGGCCGGCAGAGCGCGGCCUGACUCGGCUGCGGGCUGUCUACGGAGCGGCUGGGAGGAUGGGCCUCUCCGCCGCGGCCCCGCUGUGGGGCCCCCUGGGGCUGCUCCUGACCGUCGCCCUGCACCCGGCUCUCUCCCUGCGCUCCGCCCGGGCCUGGGCUCCCCGGCACCACCGGGACUACUGCGUCCUGGGCGCCGGGCCCGCGGGCCUGCAGAUGGCCUACUUCCUGCAGCGCGCCGGGAGGGACUACGUGGUGUUCGAACGCGCCCCAGGGCCUGGCAGCUUCUUCACGCGCUACCCGCGGCACCGCAAGCUCCUCAGCAUCAACAAGCGCUACACCGGCAAGGCCAACGCGGAGUUCAACCUACGCCACGACUGGAACUCUCUGCUCAGCCACGACCCCCAGCUGCUCUUCAGACACUACUCGAGCGCCUACUUCCCCGAUGCAGGUGACAUGGUGCGCUACCUGCGCGACUUCGCUGACAAGCUGGGGCUCCCCGUGCUGUACAACACCACCAUUGCCCACGUCACUCUGAACAAGGAUCGACGGGCCUGGAAUGGCCAUUACUUCAUCCUGACCGACCAGAAAGGCCAGGCAUACCAGUGCAGUGUACUUCUGGUAGCCACCGGCUUAUCAGUCCCCAACCAGGUUGACUUCCCUGGCUCUGAAUACGUGGAUGGUUACGAGUCUGUGUCCGUGGACCCCAAGGACUUUGUGGGUCAGAAUGUGCUGAUCCUGGGCCGGGGGAACUCAGCCUUUGAGACGGCAGAGAACAUCUUGGGUGUCACCAACUUCAUCCACAUGCUGAGCCGCUCCCGGGUCCGGCUCUCCUGGGCCACUCACUACGUUGGCGACCUCAGGGCCAUCAACAACGGCCUGCUGGACACCUACCAGCUGAAGUCCCUGGACGGGUUGCUUGAGUCUGACCUGACGGAUUUGGCCAUCGUGAAGGACCGCCAGGGCAAGUUCCACAUCACCCUGAAGUUCUUCCUGGAGGAAAACAACCAGAGUGCCGACGCCAUCACCCUCCCCCAGGACGAAAGUGACAACUUUGCCAUGCGCGUGGCCUAUGACCGGGUCAUCCGCUGCCUGGGCUGGAAUUUCGACUUCUCCAUUUUCAGCAAGUCCCUCCGACUCUCUUCAGGGGGUGAGUUCAGCAAGAAAUACCCACUGGUCAGAGCUAGCUACGAGUCCAAAGGGAGCCGCGGUCUCUUUGUCCUGGGUACCGCCAGCCACUCCGUGGAUUACCGAAAAUCUGCUGGGGGCUUCAUCCACGGAUUCCGAUACACAGUGCGUGCCGUCCACCGGCUGCUGGAGCAGCGCCACCACAGUGUCCCCUGGCCCUCCACCCAGCACCCCAUCACACAGCUGGCCAGUGCCAUCAUCCGGCGUGUCAACGAGGCUUCCGGGCUCUACCAGAUGUUCAGUGUGCUGGCCGACGUGGUCCUGUUGAAGGAGAAUGCCACAGCUUUCGAGUACCUGGAGGAGUUCCCCAUGCGGAUGCUGGCCCAGCUGGAGUCGAUAACAGGAAGACAGGCCAGGCACGGGCUCUUCGUAAUCAACAUGGAGUACGGCAAGAAUUUCUCUGGGCCCGACAAGGACGUCUUCUUUUAUGACCGAUCUGUGGGGCACACGGAAGACGCCUGGCAGUCCAACUUCCUCCACCCGGUCAUCUACUACUACAGGCACCUCCCCACCGAGCAGGAGGUGAGGUUCCGCCCUGCAGACUGGCCCCUGCCGCGCCCCACGGCCAUCCACCACAUCGUGGAAGACUUCCUGACAGACUGGACGGCCCCGGUGGGUCACAUUCUGCCUCUGAGGCGCUUCCUGGAGAACUGUUUGGACACCGAUUUGCGAAGCUUCUAUGCAGAGUCCUGUUUCCUGUUCGCCCUAACGCGCCAGAAGCUGCCGCCCUUUUGCCAGCAGGGGUACCUGAGAACACAGGGGCUUGUGGGAACCGAGAGCCUUCGCCAGCACGGAGUGGACAGCGGGCUCCUGCGGGACUAUGCCGCUGUGGGCCGGCGCCCGGGGGACAGUGGCCAGCAGCCUGGCAGCCAGGGGCCAGGAGGGCAGCCUCUGGCUCCAGGACCUCCGGUCCAGCACUUCGACAGCAACAAAGAGGAACUCUGAUGGCCAGGCUGUCCCCACCCAGGCCCACGGUCUCUCCACGGUUCCACGCUCCCACCAACGUGAUUGCCAAAGACCCCUCAGAUCAUCGCAGUGACUGCACCAAAGCCACAUGGAAGGCACGUUAAGGGCUGAAGGGUGGCCACACCGUGGUCUCCUCUCCUGCUCCGUUCAGGGGUGCCUGGGAAGUGGCGUCCAGAGAAGGAAUCUUCUGCCAGAUGGAAGGGAGCCGCCUUCCACACCGAACUUGUCUGCAGAUGAACUGUCACUGAGCACCAGGUUGGCUUCCGUUCUGUUCCCAUCAAGUGCCCAGUGGUUCUUUUUCUAGUCUACUCUUCAGGGGGGCUUGGAUCCCACCCACCUGUGGAGCGUUUCACAAGUGAAAUCCACCCUCAUCUUCAUAAGGGUUGUAGCAGGCACUUUAAAACAAGAGCUCUAAUGUCCUUGACUACGUGGGGCAAGUGGGACGUUACCCCCUGAUGAAAACACCAGCUCCGAGAGGUCAGGUGACUCCCAGGUCCCGGCCAGGAGUCCCCGUCUGGAUAGCCCUAAAGCCUGUCGCACCUCAGCACACUGCCUCUCCCCACCCCGGCCUCUGUUCAGAACCCCUGGGGGCCAGCUGGGCUCAUGGGGCUUAUCAUCCUAGGCCUGGGGGUCGUCAUCAGGCAGAGAUAGGACGGCUCCCUGCAGGGCUGUCUUAUCUAAGCAGCCUCUCUGCUAGCGAGCAGAGCAAGUGCAGAACUCAGAGCUGUCCUCUUCCCAGGACUGCACUCCCUGACUUGUCUUCAACCUCUGUGUUCUCUCCUCUUUCAUCCUACCCCUGUGCUCUGGCAUCCUGAACAGGCCCUUGCCUCUCCCCUGCCCGAUUAUGUUUGGAAAAUUGCCACCAUGCUGUGUUCCAGUGGGGAUUCUGCCAGAGGUGACUGACCCCACUGUCUGCACAGAGCCCGGCUCAACGUGUGCAAGGAAUCGUUUAUAAAUGCAUUUAUAAGAUAACGAUGAAUUUAGUUUCUGGUUCCCUGAGCUGUUCUGGCUGUUCUCAUUGUCCUUCCUCACCAGGAAUCUGCUCCCUUCUUCCUCUCCCAUCAGGCAUUUUAGUCCCACUGAUGAGUGAGCCAUGGGAAAGCAUUUGUACAGAAAAUAAUCAUGGUGGUUUUUCCAAGCCCCAAAUCAUAGGUGGUUGUUUUCUCACUGGUUCUUACCAGUCCUUCUUGUAUCUGUACAAAACUGGUCGGACGUGGGCUUCCUGGACCCACAGCCCUUUUCUGGGAACAGCCUCUUCCUCUCUUGGCUGGGUUGAAAUCCCUCAUCCCCGGCCCUGCUGUCUGUCCUCCAGUCAUUUGCAGAGUUACAACAAGGAGACUCCAGCAGCCUUAGCCUGUCAGGGAGGAGGUGUUUCCCCCUGGCAAUACCUGGCAUAAUUUGUACAGGGCUGAAACUUCUAAAUUAAGGAUCUGUCCCUAAUCCCAAGAUGCUGGGCUCGCCGUAUUUCAUGUAGAUUACAGGUAAACCCAUACUGGGUCCCAUCAGUCCACCCUUCCUUUUCCAAAAGCUUUUUUAAAAAUCUUUUCACUAGGACCAUACUCAUGAUAUCAAACCCUCUUAUGCACAUCUCACCUACACAGUUACCAGAGCCUGGCUGAGCCCCUCGUUCCAGUACAAGUUCGAGGUGCUGUAACACAGUCUACUGAUGCCUAGCUAAGUGACAGCUGCUGCUUGUCCCGUUAUCUGCCAGAUUGUUAAUUCCAUCCAAAUAUCACCAGCCUUACUUGUGUUUAGUAAGACAAGGUUCAGUUCUUGCUUAGCUGAUGAGAGACAGGCAUUCCCUGGUUUCUUUCCUGUCAAUUAAUAGUUGGCUUCAAACAGAGAAGUACUUUUUCCUAUGAAGACCGUUGCUGCAUUUGCUGGAGGCCUGUCUAAAUCCUCCUGGCAACCCCUACCGUCCAGCCUUUUUUGUGAAUCCUGGCCCCUGACUGCGUGCUGCCUUGGGCAUGCCAUCUUUGGGUGCCUGCUGUCUUCCUGCUGCAUUACAUAAACUCACAUUUCCUACUUCAGUGCCUCACUUCCUUUUCUUGUCAAGUCCAGACAGCCCUCCAGGAGAUCUCAUUGUUUCCAACCAGAACAAGUUCCUUUUCUAGCCAAGGCCUGACUUCAUUCAUUCCUUCUUUAUUAAAAUAUUAUAAAAUUAUUUGUACAAAACAGACAAAUCAGUGAAAACAGUAGGCCAGAAACAGCCCCUGUUCUAAGUAAGACCAAGGUGAUUUUAAAAGGGAAUCACAAACCAAUGGAAAAGGUUGUGCGGGACCGUGCAAUAAAUAAUGUUGGACCAACGAGUCAGUAAUUUGGGAAAGAAAAUAAAUCUCAUUGUUGGACCCCUU